GGUCUGCCCCGAGAUAGACUGGAGAGAAUGGCUGCCAGUGGAGAGGUAGGGAAGCUGUUACAAGUACAAAAUGGGACACCUCCAAGCACCAACUACAACGGGGUAGAUGCUGUUCAUGCCUGUACCAUCCUUCAGCAGCUCAAAGCCUUGUAUGAUGAAGCCCAGCUCACAGACAUCGUUGUAGAAGUGGACCAUGGCAUGACUUUCUCAUGUCACAGAAAUGUCCUCGCAGCAAUCAGCCCGUAUUUUAGGUCCAUGUUCACCAGUGGCCUUACAGAGAGCAGCCAGACUGAGGUCAGAAUCGUUGGGGUGGAAUCUGAAUCCAUGAACCUCGUCCUAGACUAUGCCUACACAUCCAGGGUCAUGCUCUCUGAGUCCAAUGUCCAGGCCCUGUUCACUGCAGCCAGCAUUUUCCAGAUUCCUGCCUUGCAGGAUCAGUGUGCCCAGUUCAUGAUCAGCAGACUGGACCCCCAGAACUGUAUUGGGGUCUACAUGUUUGCUGAUGCCUAUGAACAUCAGGAGCUGAGGGAACGCUCACAGGACUACAUCCGCAAGAAGUUCUUGUGUGUGUCAUGGGAGCAAGAGUUCCUCCUGAUGACCAAGGUGCAGUUGGUCAGCAUUUUGAACAAUGAUGACCUCAACGUGGAGAAAGAAGAGCAUGUCUAUGAGAGCAUUGUCCGCUGGCUGGAGCAUGAUCUGUCUGGCCGUGAGGCCCACCUAGCUGAGGUUUUUUCCCAAUGCAUCCGUCUGCCCUUGCUGGAUGAGGCCUUCCUCAGUCGGAUACCUGCCCCCUUCGCUUGUGCCCUUUCCCUGUCUAAAGACCCUGCUGAGGCCAAAGCCCGGCUCACUGGCACCAAUGGUUGCCCCCAGCGCCUUGGUAUGACUGCUUCUGAGAUGGUCAUCUGCUUUGAUGCCGCUCACAAACACUCAGGGAAGAAGCAGACGGUGCCUUGCCUGGACACAGCCACAGGAAGGGUGUUCAAGCUCUGCAAACCACCCAAUGAUCUCCGGGAGGUCGGUAUCCUGGUGUCCUCAGAGAAUGACAUCUUCAUCGCUGGAGGUUACAGACCGAGCAACAGUGAAGUGUCCAUAGACCAUCGGGCAGAGAGCGACUUCUGGCAGUACGAACAUGCAGGCAACCGUUGGCUUCCACGUGCACCUCUGCUGAGAGCGAGGAUAGGCUGCAGGCUUGUGCACUGCUGUGGGAAGCUUUAUGCACUGGGAGGUCGAGUAUAUGAAGGUGAUGGGCGAAAUGCAUUAAAGUCAGUGGAGUGCUAUGAUGCCAGGGACAACUGUUGGACAGCAGUCAGUCCUAUGCCAGCGGCCAUGGAGUUUCAUAGUGCUGUGGAGUACAGGGACCGCAUCUAUGUCCUCCAAGGUGAAUACUUCUUCUGCUUCGAUCCCCGUAAGGACUAUUGGAGUCAUCUUGCCCCGAUGAGUGUCCCGCGCAGUCAGGGUCUGGCUGCCUUGCACAAGAACUGCAUCUACUACAUUGCCGGCAUCUGCAGGAACCACCAGCGCACCUUCACCGUGGAGGUUUACGACAUUGAGAAGAACACAUGGUGCCGCACAAGAGAUCUGCCCUUUGACCAAGCCACAAGCCCGUAUAUAAAGGCCAUGCUGCUGCAAGGCAAGCUACACCUGUUUGUACGAGCCACACAGGUGAUGGUGGAGGAGCACGUCUUUCGCACCAGCCGCAAGAACUCCCUUUACCAGUACGACGAUGAGGCGGAUAUCUGGACCAAAGUCUAUGAGACACCUGACCGCCUCUGGGAUUUGGGUCGCCAUUUUGAAUGUGUGGUGGCCAAACUUUACCCACAAUGUCUACAGAAAGUGCUUUGAGGUUGCCGGUUUUGUGAACCCCAACCUCUGAGGCAGAGGGGAGUUGUGUGGUCCUGCCUGCCUUGUGCCUGGUGUUACCUUGGGUUUGCACCACAAGGGCCAUUUUUGGUUACGUCUUAAGUCGUUCAAACUUUGGUUUAACAUGAUCAAAAUGGGGUGCUUUUUAAAGAUUGCAGUAUUUUUUUUUUUUCCAGACAGCACCAACUACCCACACUGAUGCUUGUUUAACAAAACCGUACAUUGAAUAAUAAGUGCAAUUAUCCUAUUUCUUUGCUUGUUGUUGAGCCAUGUUCCAUUCUUUGUUUUAGAUGCAUAUAGGUUAGUAUUUUUACAUAUGAUAAGCAUGCAAAUGAGGGUAAUGGCAAGAUAAAAGUGCCCUCUGGAGAUAGGUGCUAUGUGCAUAAAGUGAAAAUCUAUAUAUAUAUAAAUCUAUAUAUAAAAAAAAAUGACUAUAUAAACUAUAUAUACAUACGGGUAAGAUGAGAACCAUAGCUCAUUAGUUGGUUGCUGGCUCUGAGGUUUGUGUUUUUUCUUGUUUUUUUUUCUAUUCUGUUUUCAAGUCUCUUCAGCUUACUUUAUAGACUAGUUUUAAUUUGAAGUGUGCUUGUGAUUUACAUUACUUUAGUGUUUUUGAAGCUUGUAUGGUAUUUUUACGGCUCCCUCUUCCUUCACAUGCGCCAGUGUGUCAAACAAUACACUAUGUGUGGCUUCCGAGCUAUUUAGAAGUUUUGUUUGAGAUUCCAGUCGCAUGGGGGCCUCACACCUCCCACUCUUUUGAGUUGGCAUCCAUUUUGUGUCACAUGCGAAGACAACUUAAGUGAAAUGUUAGAAUACUCACUCUCCACAUUGGAGAAAUAAGGACGGAGUCGAAUUUGUGGCAACACUAAGUGGAACGUUCAGACCAACUAACAGGCUUACCUCAGAAACGUCACAUAUGUUUUGAUUAGGAGAAAAGGGAUAUUUCAGGCCAUAGUGUUGAUGAAGCCACUGUGUGAAAAGCUCAGUUAAGCGUUGAGGUUGUUCUUUGACAUCGGAUUAUAAUCGUUUGAAAACGGUUGAAAGAGCCUUCCUCUUAAAUGCCAAAAAAAAACAAAAAAAACAUUUGAGGUCUUGUUAAUUGUUGAUCUGAACAUUGAAAAGAUUUUUUUUGUAGUAGCAAUAAGUCAUGGAACUGUGAUCAGGCUAUAUUACGUUAUAUCACCUUAGUAAAAAGUGCAUUACUUGUUUUGUGUGCUUGUCUCGCUUGUGAACAUCACGACAGUUCCAGUGAUUGUGUGGCGGUCACAUGAGUGCUUGAAGUGCUGGUGUAAUUUAGUGCAGAUAAUUUUGGAAUGCCAAUGUGCCUGUGGCUUUGGGGGAAAAAAAGGGGCCGACAGAUCCAAAAACUGCUCCUCCUGACGACGAAAGAAUAUUGGAAAAGUCUUACUCGGCGUUGCACUGAAUCACUCUCCACUGCAAACUUUUUGAAAGCACCCUCCUGAACGAGCAGACUAUAUGAACAAGUCAGGGUGUUAUUUCAUCAGCCAUGUCUUCACACGCCAUCCACACAGAGGGCACAAAUUGUUGGUGCUGCUUUUUUUCCUUUUGUCUCCUUUUUUUUUUUUGACAAUCUUGUAUAGAAUAAUUAAUCCCACCACUGAGUGGCGUUUCCUGUGAAAGUGUGACAUUUUCAAUGCCGUCAAUUUUCCUCAUGCAGGUUCCUGUGUCAUCUUUGCACUACACAUUUCUCUUUUGUGUUUUUUUUUUAUUUGAAAAAGUACUCCUUUUCUUUACGGAAAAAAAAUGGGUUUCAGUAACCACAUAGCAAUCAUCGGCGAGAUUUACAUGGAAACGGAUACCGUCAGUAAGGACUUGAGGAUAUGAUGUAACUUCUCCAAGAGAAGAUCCACUGUUGGCUGACAUGGAGCUUGUGUUUUAUUGGCCCGGCUUGAACAAUGCCCUCAAACCAGAAGGUUUGAGCUCCAUCCAGACGGCCAUUUGAGAACCAGGAACGGAGAACUCUCAGGAUUUCUACUGAUACACAGUACUGUAUUUAAAUGUUUUUGUUAUGUGUAAUAUACUGUACUAUAGGUUUGCUGUACUUGCACAGUUUUUUUUAAACUUCUCUUCAGUUUCUUUUAUAACUUGAAAAAAAAUAGAUGUGAUUUUCUUUUUGUUGUCUCCGGUGGCUUUUUUUUUUUUUUUUUUCUUUCUUUAUGUAAUUGCCUAUUUUUAGUUAUGGUAGAGUAAUCCUGAUUUGUUGAGAAAAAAAAAAAAAAAGAUCACCUCCCUCCCCACCCCUCAUCAGUAGGACAGUAGUAUUUCUUUGUAACAUCUCACCACAAAUAAGCAUUACAGAUCAAGUAACUCACGUUUCAUACACCAGUCAUGUAAUACAACAAGCUAGGAGGCGUUCAAGGCCUCGGGCUGCAAGGCACAGCUCAUUCUGGUCAUUUACAUGUAUCACUUAUGGGUGCUAUUCCAUUGUGUUCAUGCUUUUUAUUUCGCUGGUUUUGUCUGUUUUGGGUUUCGGGUUAUAGUGGUGGUUGAGCUCAACUGUGAAAUUCACAUUGCACAUAAUUUGGAAAAUAAAACUAUUAAAAGUGAA